AUGUCGACUGCCAACGAAGUGGCCGAGAACUUGGCCUCUGUCUCCAUCAACGACGCUGCCAACGGCGGUGCUGCGGCUGCUUCUCACACCGAUGCCACUGCCACCAGUGCCGACGAGGGACGUCGCUUGUAUAUUGGGAACCUUGCAUAUGCGACCACAGAGGGGGAACUCAAGGACUUCUUCAAGGCUUAUACCAUUGAAAACACCUCCAUCCCCGUGAACCCCCGUACUAAUCGCCCAGUUGGAUACGCCUUUGUUGAUCUCGCCACCGCGCAUGAAGCACAGGCUGCCAUCUCUGAGCUUUCUGGCAAGGAAAUCCUUGAGCGCAAGGUCUCAGUCCAACUUGCCCGCAAGCCAGAACCUGCUGAACACAAGGGCGAUGCUGUCAGCGGUGGUGAAGGUACCAGUGGGGGUGAGAGCCGCAAGAGAGGCUCUGGUCGUGGUCGUGGACGUGGCCGGGGCCGUGGUGGUAGAUCCGGCCGUGGCGGUCGUGUUCACAAGGAGAAUGGAGAACAUGCUGAGGCAGCCACCGAAGGUGCCCCCUUGGCUGAUGUGACAAAUGAGACUGGCGAUGCUUCCAAAGACUCCAAGGGGCGUCCUCGUGCCCACAAGCAGCGUGGUCCUCCCGAAGAUGGUAUCCCUUCCAAGACUAAGGUCAUGGUUGCCAACCUUCCCUACGACCUUAGCGAGGAGAAGUUGAAGGAACUCUUUGCCGCCUACGAACCCGUCUCCUCCAAGAUUGCACUUCGCCCCAUCCCACGUUUCAUGGUCAAGAAGCUCCUUGCUCGUGGUGAGCCCCGCAAGGGUCGUGGGUUCGGUUUUGUUACUCUUGGCUCCGAGGCUCUCCAGGCCAAGGCCGUCGCGGAAAUGCAUGGCAAAGAAAUUGAAGGCCGCGAGAUCGCAGUCAAGGUUGCCAUCGACAGCCCUGGCAAGGAGGACGAUGCCUCUUUUGAAGAGCGUUCGACUUCCGAACCCGGUGCCAAUGCUCCCGUCGCCGCAUAA